UGCAACGACAGAGAGUAGCCGUGCAGUACACUUCAAGCAGUCCGUCUGAAAGAGUUUUACAAAAAAGUGGUUUCUGCAAGAAACAAAAGUAAUAUAUCACAAUAAUAUAAUUAAUAACGACUAACAGAUAAGUAAAUGGAAGGCAAAGGAAUUUCUUUAGUCCAAAAAAAACAGACGAUGACAGAUCGCCACAUUUCAUUAUCUAUGAGCAACGUUGUGAAACAAGCAAAUGAAGAAGAGACCACUUCUCCUCAAGAAGUCGAAGACUCCGACGAAGAACGCGAACUAACCAAUCUCAAUUGGCUUUUGCGAAAUCAAAAUUUAACUUGGCCGAAAACAAUUGAUUCAAAUACUGUGGAAACAUUAAAUACGAGAACAAAUGCCGAAACACCCGUACCUUACAGUCCAAACUUUCAUCGGAACCAAAUCAAACUGCUUUGUACAAGAGGCGGCAACACAGUUAAAAAAUCGCAAAUAUUCCUGGAAUCGAAAGCCCUAAAAUCAGCACCAAAACGACCAACUCCAAUUGAACGCUUUGAAAUAUUUGUCAACAAAGUAAAGAGGGAUUUAACAGAAUACGAAAAGUUUGCAACUAAGUAUGAAACCGACGUGACUGAGAAACCACCUUUUAACUAUUCUCAUAUAAUUGGGAUGGCUAUGCUAAAAAAUGGUCGCAUUACUUUACAACAAUUAUGCGCUUGGAUAGAGGCUAAGUUUGCAUUCUUUAGAGUACGCAAGAAAUGGAACAACUCCAUAAGGCAUAACUUAUCUCUACAUCACUGCUUUCGUAACCGAAAAAGAGAAGAAAAAGGAAAAGGCGGUUACUGGGAGCUGGGUGUCGACCCAAAAAAGAGUGACCGAAAACGCAUUCGUAAUAGAAAACUAUGUCAUCCAAAACUUAAUCAGAGCGCUAAAUACCACAAUGAUCAGCUAUCAAAAAAUUCUCAGCCAUACUUUUCAAGAUUGGCUAAAAAGACUAAGAAUAAAAGCGUGACGGAAAUAUCAGAAAAAAAUAAUUUAAAAAAAAUGUCAACGCUCACGGAAAAUAACUUUACUGAGUCAUUAAAUAAAGGUACUAUGGCUGAGAUAAAUGAAAUUCAAUUUGACAAAUGUCCCUUACGAACAAUGAUUAAGGAAGAUAUUUUACAAAAAAAGCUUGACACAAUUAUUGUAAGCACUGGGGAAUUCAUAACAGAGCCUCAAAGCUUAAACUGCUUUAUUUCUCACAGGAUAGACAAUACCAACACGGAGAUUUCUGGAGAUGACGAUUUUUGCACAUUCAAUAACAUAAACAUUUAUUCCGAUACGACCCCUGUGUUUGCAUCGAAUUCAUCUAUCGUAGAAGACCGAAAUGUAGCAUCUGAUGUAUCCAGUCCUAGCCAUCCAUGCAAUAUUACAAUUAAUUAUGAUUAUACUAACUUCCGACCCCUUGUGGACAGCAUUGAUGAACAGUUUCAUUACCUCACUAGUAGCACUGAAUACAGUCGAAACGAUGAUGCAUUAGAUAACCUCCUUGAUGUUUGUGUUACCCACUAUUAAAAAUCCUAGUUCUUCGUAAGAACUUAAGCAAAAAAUAUUAAUAGUUUUGAGAACAUACUAGUUUGCACGCCCACUUAAAUAAAAUAAAACAAGCUUUUUGA